CAAUUUGUACUGAUUCCGGACCUGUCACACACACAUUUGCGUUCCUACUGGUAUGCUCUGCUGGUUGGCUCCUCCGACUCGCUUKUAGCGUAGCGGCGGUACGACGACGCACUCGUACGGUAGGUACGCGCAAUCAAAGAAAUUAAAAAUAUUUUACUACUACUUCUUUCUCGUACCGGGUAGAACUAUUUCGUAUUCAUUUUACUACUGCGAAACCAGCAGCGCCUGUCGUCGAAGCUAGCGCAGGCACGAAUUCAAAAUUAUCGUACCGUACGAGUUCUUUUGUCCGGCAACUGUUUUUUUUUCAAGUAGCAUUUUGUUCCACCGAGAAAACGAAGAAGAGACGAUACGGGGUGCAACCAUUCACAAGGAACAUACGGUGCCAUUGGAAAGAAUGGACGAMGACGUUACAAGCACGGGGKUCCCAUUGCGACGAUUUCUGGGUCGGCGRGGAAAGACUACAUCCCUGGCGCUCAUAGUUGCCAUGGGGUUGUAUCUCUGCCUAACGCAAAGACGACAGGUUGGAUCGGUCCGAACCGCGGUCAAAACGGCAGCCUUAGUGGAAGUGACAAGUGGUCCGCAGACCCUGAUGGRACCGGUCGAAGCGAGUGCAAAUGCUACGAUCCACUCCGUGGCAGAUUUGGCAACGACCGAGUCUAGUAAAAUCAUCGGGGGAACAAGCGACGGCAACAAGAGGAAAAAGAAGACCAGGGUAUUCUUGCUGAUGGGGCAAUCGAACAUGGUCGGGUUCGGAAAAGUAUCGGACGAGGCAAAGAAACGAUAUCCGUUCUUUGUGACGAGGAAUCCAAAAACGAACAAAACGACMUGGAAACGAGAUCUCCACGACGAUAGAAYCACACAGGCGAACGAGACGCGGUUAGGCGAGACCAAAACGAAUGGCGUUACCGACGACUCGUUUGKGGAGGUGGAAUCAGUUCGAUUUCGGCGGCGGGUGCGAUACGUCUUUGCAUCGGGUUCCGAGCCCGAGAGCAAGACAAGAAUYGAAAGAAACAUGUGGCUAAGCAUGAAGAACCAGAAAACAGUCGGCCCUGAAAUUGGAAUAGGCUACGAGCUAGGAAUAGCGGACACGGGUAACGAUGACGAUAUCCUGUUGCUAAARAGCUGUAAGUAUUUAUAAUUUUAGCAUGAAUGGAAGUAAAAGGGCUGCGAAAGUCCAUCGGUGGGUGUGCCGGGAGAAUGCCGUGAUCGUUGGCUGCUCGGGAUUCGACAUUGACUUCAGUGGAAUUGAAUCGAAUCAAAAAACCAAUCAAACAUUCAAAAAACUAAACGAUGUUUCACACUUUAUUUCGUCGACUCAAUGAUUGCAGGCGUCGGAAAUCGAGGACUCGGUUGGGAUUUGCUUCCUCCCGGGAGUCCGACGUUUUCUGUCGAACAAGGACAAGACGACAAAAAUGCGACCGGCUGGCACUAUGCAGGAUACAAACAAUACCCCCGACGGUGGAAAAUUGGUGAGACAGGAAAUAGUAUUGACGAUCAGGUUCCUGGCGAUUCACACAAUAGUACACAAAACGCCGCGAAAAACAUGUGGUAUGGUGGAGCUCAGUACGAUGGGGAUGUCGCUCGGGCCAAGUCUGUCUUGACGAACCUAUCACAAUAUAUGGGAUACGACGAUCCCGAAGACGAGAUAAUCUUUGGAAUCAGAACCGAGCACGAGUACGAAAUUUCUGGAUUUUUUUUCUGGCAAGGAGAUCGUGACACAUACCACAGUGAUCCCGUCUAUGCAGAGCGUUACGCCGCCAACCUUGAACGAUUUGUGGUUUCGCUGAAGCGUGAUUUCAAUGCCCCACGGGCGAAAUUCGUGCUGGCCACGCUGGGRCAGAUUCCGAACAGAACUUCYAUUGCCACUGCCAAGACCGCUACGGACGGCAAAACCAGAGAUGGAAGCAGGGAGAAUGYAACUGGGCAGAGCCCUCAGAUAGACGAGAAAAAGAAGACGAAAAAGCAAAAAGAUAUGGAGGCCGCGCUGCGAAUCGAAAAGCAGGAACGAUUGGUCUUUGAGGCGCAGAUGAACCUUCCAGAACGACCAGGAUUUGUUGGAAACACGGCAUGYGUCUAUACCUAUCCUUACUGUGUGCACGACGAAGCAAAGAAGGACGACAGCUCGAAGAAAAGUAGCGUUCAACCAUCCUCAACAAAUCAUUACAAAGGCAAACUUGAUAUCUUUGUAAAGGUGGGAUGUGCAAUGGGACGCGCUAUGCUAGAGCUUCUCGCGCAAUCAGACAACGAUGGGUGACACAAUUCCAAACAACACAAGGAACACGAUCGCAAAAGUUUUCUAUUGAUUGGAUUUCGUAUACAAGAAACAAUUGAGUUAGAU